AAUGUGCGUGGAAUAAAAAAAGGAUAAAAAAAGAAACAUUCUCUCGGCGUCUCCGCCUCCUCCUAACGAACUCGAUAAUUUUUCAUCUAAAUUAUCUGGCAACGUUGGAUUAUACUCGUCUGUCUCUCUCUCUGAUCGUCAUCGUCGUCGUCGUCGUCGUCGUCGUCGUAGUCGUCGUAGGCGUCAUCAUGAUGUAUGAAUCCGAAUGUCGACGAAGUUUGUUUUGAAUCGAUUGAAUGUGGAUAUUUGACUUUUUCGUUAUUAUGGUAAUUCCCUUGGAAAGGAGUGGCGUUGAGUUUACUUAUCGUUAUGGCGCUAAUCGCUUAUAUCCAUCAAUAUUCGAUUGAAAAAUAAAAAGAAAAAUAAAAAAGUGUGAAAAUUGAUACGAUAAAAGUAUAAUGUCGGAGAUUGAAAAGAUUUCUCUCGUUCAAUGUCGGCUACGAUCGAAAAGAAACGAUUCGAUCAUCGUGAAAUUAUUCGUCCUAUGGAUUCUUUUACCGUUGAACUUGAUGAUGGCCGAUCGGCCAAUGAUAUCAAAUGAGAAAAGUAAUAAGUGUCCUGUCGAAUGUGGUUGCAUAGGAAACGUUGUGAUAUGUAAUAAUUUGCAAUUGAUCGAAGCACCUAGCGGCUUACCACCAUGGACCGAAAAUUUAAGUCUAAAAGAUAAUAAUAUAAGCAACUUGAAGUUUGAUUCAUUAUUACAUUUAACAGAACUCAAAGAACUGGAUAUGAGCGCUAAUAAAUUAGGAGAUAACUUUACUAUUGGUUUAUCGGAUACCGCACAACUGAAAGGAUUGAAAGUGAAUAAAAAUCAAUUGACACGAAUACCUAAUCUUUCUUUUGUUAAAAAUUUAACACAUCUCAGUUUAUCGCACAAUGAAAUUUCUACAAUUAAUGGAAGUGCUUUAGCUAUCUUGUCAGAGCUUCAAACUUUGGACUUGAGUUUGAAUAAAAUAACUGUUUUACGACGUGGCUCGUUUCUUGCACCUAAUAGAAUCGUGCAUUUAAAUUUAAAUAUGAAUCGAAUAUAUGUUAUUGAAAAUGGUAGCUUAGAUAAUUUGACUUCAUUAGAAGAACUUCGUUUAAAUAAAAAUCAUCUUGCACAAUUAAUGGAUAUAUCAUCCGUGCAAAGUCUCUCUACAGCACUUUUCAGUAAUCUUGGAAAAUUGAGAAUAUUAGAAUUGAAUAGAAAUGAGCUGCAACAAAUGCAAGUAUUAAGUCUAACAGGUUUAACAAAUUUGGAAGAAUUACGUUUGAAAAGAAAUAAAAUAAGCACCUUGAACGAUGGCGCAUUUUGGCCUCUUAAAAAUCUUAUUCUUCUUCAACUUGAUUUCAAUAUGUUAACCACUGUGAAGAAAGGUGGUUUGUUCGGAUUAGAACAUUUGAAAAAAUUGACUUUAUCCCAUAACCAUAUAAAAAUGAUCGAAUCGCAAGCGUGGGAUAAUUGUGGAGAAAUCACUGAAUUGGAUUUAUCAUAUAAUAUGUUAAUUUCUAUAGAACGAGACACGUUUGAUCAUUUAGAUAAAUUAGAAAGAUUAAAAAUGGAUCACAAUCAAAUUACAUAUAUAUCAGAUGGGGCUUUCAACUCUACCCCAAAAUUACAAGUUUUAGAUCUUAAUUCCAACAAAAUAUCCUACAUGGUAGAAGACAUUAAUGGAGCUUUUGGUCCACUCAGUAAUUUAUGGAAGUUAGGAUUGGCACAUAAUAAAAUCAAAUCUGUUAACAGAAAUGCUUUUAUUGGUUUAAGUCGUGUUACUGAACUUGAUUUGAGUGGGAACAAUAUAACUAGUAUUCAAGAAAAUGCAUUUAAUACAAUGCCAGAUUUAAAGAAAUUGAAAUUAAAUUCAAGAUCAUUGGUCUGUGAUUGUGGAUUACAAUGGUUUAGCACGUGGAUAGGAUCACAUAGAUUCGAAGAUACAGAAGCUCAUUGUGGCUAUCCACAUUGGUUACAAGAUAAACCAUUGGCUCAAUUACACCAUACAAAUUUCACAUGUGAUGAAUAUCCAAAGCCAAGAAUAAUAGAAGAACCUACAGAUCAAAAACGUGUGAAAGGUGACAACGUGACUCUUGUAUGUCGUGCAACAAGUACGGCUGAUGCACCAUUAAAAUUCACUUGGAAACGAGAUAACGUGGAAUUAGAUAAUCCUAAUUUACAAACAGACAUCAGCACGUUGGAAGGUGGUGUAACAAAUGCAUCCUCUGUUUUGCAACUUAUUAACGUGACUCAUGCUAAUGCUGGAAAGUAUCAAUGUAUGGUCACUAAUUCCUACGGAACUACAUAUUCUGCUAAAGCCAAACUAAGUGUCCUAAUAUAUCCAUCAUUUUCAAAAAUUCCUCGUGAUAUUCGAGUAACUGCUGGAAGUACAGCACGUCUUGAAUGUUCAGCCGAAGGACAACCGACUCCACAGAUAGCUUGGCAAAAAGAUGGGGGAAAUGAUUUUCCAGCGGCAAGAGAAAGAAGAAUGCAUAUGAUGCCUACGGACGAUGUACUUUUUAUCGUAGAUGUAAAAAUGGCUGAUAGUGGUGUUUAUUCUUGCACCGCUCAAAACCUAGCUGGACUUAUUGUAGCAAAUGCGACCCUUACUAUAUUGGAGGUACCAUCAUUUGUAAAACCGAUGGAGAAUAAAGAAAUAAUGAUAGGUGGUUCGAUCGUAUUGGAAUGCAUGGCAAGUGGUUCACCACGUCCAAAAUUAAUGUGGCGUAAAAAUGGUAGUCCAUUGCAAGUAACCGAACGACAUUUCUUUACGGCAGAAAAUCAGUUAUUAAUAAUAGUUAAUACUAUGAGUAACGAUGCAGGAAGUUACGAAUGUGAAAUGAGUAAUUCAUUGGGCAGUGUUGUCGGUGCAUCUCAUCUUACAGUAAAUCCUGCUCCAACGUCUAUCGUAAAUGAAGAUAAUAUAUUGGGAUUAAUAAUAAUCACAGUAGUAUGCUGUGCCGUUGGUACAUCAGUAGUUUGGGUAGUAAUUAUUUAUCAAACGAGAAGACGUUUAAAUAACGCUCGUAAUGCUAACACGCAACAAUCACCGACAACAGUAAUAUCAACAGCACCAGAAAAUCAAACUCAUAUGUAUUUGGAUACAAGUUCGCAACAUAGUAAAGAUAGUGGUACUGGUGAUAGUACCAAUCCCAGUAACGAUCAAUUACAAUUUUGUUUGCCUGAAGAAAUGGUAACUUGUUCGGUCAACAACGAAGAAGAAACUGCGGCAGUGAACGUUGUUGAUCCACUUAUACGUUAUACAAAUCAUGAACGAUAUGUUCAUUCAGAAAAGGGCUGUGCUGUAUAAGCAUCAAGAAUCAAGUUUCUUUGUGUACGGACAAUUAUAGCAAAAGCCUCUAAUAAUUAUAAAGCCUUUUACACAGGAAGAUCAUCGUUAGAUCUAAUACGAGUCGGGAGAGACAAAUAAUCAUGAAAAAUAAUACCGAAGAAAACCUAUUAAAAGGCAAAUGAAAUGAAAAGAAACCUGUCAAUAUGCAACAGAAAAAGUAUUUUUAAUACUUGAAACUCCUGUAUAAUGCUAUUGGUAUGUGUCAUCUUAUAUAGAAUGUCAGUGUAAUAAUAUGAUGAUGACUUUAUGAAAGGAUAGUAUUGAUUUGCACGUACGUGUAAUACAUUAUUAUACGUAUAAUUAUCAAAAUAGCUGGUCAUUAUCAUCGUGGUUAUAAGGAUGCAAGUAAAUUAGCAGUGAUGAAAAGAGACAUGUAUUGUAAAUAUUUAAGUUUUAAAAAAAUUCAUACUCUGCUAUUACUUGCAUGAGAUUAUGGUUACACAUACACAACACACAUACACCCACACACUUUGUAUGAUGACUUCGUUGUGAGAAAGAAUCAUAAACUCUUUGAAAGUCACCUAUACUAGGUCAAUCUUUGUGAUAGAUAUUUAUUAUAGAUUUAUACGAAUUAGGAAGAUUCAAUAUUUAUGAUAUUUGAAGGUGUAAUUUUAUCAUGAGGAUAUAUAGAUGAGAAGUCGAAUAUGUAUCAUCUGUGCACCAAUGUACUGAUAUAUAUAUAUAUAUACAUAUAUAUAUAUUUACAUAUAUAUAUAUAUAUGUCUUUGUGGAUUGUCUUCCCUCUUCAUUUUUACACUGUGGUCGUCGUAAUGAUUAAUAAGUAACACACAAGUUUAUUUCUAUUCGUAAUUGAUAAACGCGUUGCUUAUUGAACGUUAUUCGUAUAUAAGUAUGUAUGUAUGUAUGUAUGUAUAGUAUAUGUAUGUACGUCCAGCGAAUAUUCUUUUAACGUCAUACUUAUUUAAUCGAAGAAGGAAAAGGAAAAGUAUUACUAUGUCUCGAUAUCUAUGUGAAAUUAUUCGUUUUGAAAGUGACACUCUGCGUGUGUGUAUAUGUAUAUAUACACAUAUUACUCGAUUUGUAUUAUUUUACUGAAUUUAACAUAAAUUUGAUAAUAAUAUGUC